CGCGGCCUCUGUAGCUGAGCGAGGCGGACCGGGUGCAGUAUGGAGGUGAAGGCGGGGUCCACGGCGGCUACCGAUGGCGCGUACUCGGUGUCUGCGGAGGAGACCGAAAAGUGGAUGGAGCAGGCGAUGCAAAUGCAUCAGGGUCUUUUCCAGUGAGUCGACUCUGCAUCAGAUGGCCAAAGGAUUGGAGCUUCAGCUUCACAACAGUCCUUUCAAUGAAUAUUGAGAGUUGAUUUCCUUUAGAAAUGAGUGGUUUGAUCUCCUUGCUGAACAAGGGACUGCUGAACAAGAGUUUUUUCUACCACCACCAUUUGAAAGCAUAUCAGGCCAAAGAUGCCCUAGACAAUACUGAAGUUCCUGUUGGCUGCCUUAUGGUCUACAACAAUGAAGUUGUGGGGAAGGGGAGAAAUGAAGUUAAUCAAACCAAAAAUGCGACUCGACACGCCGAAAUGGUGGCCAUUGAUCAGGCCCUAGACUGGUGCCGUCGACGCAGCAAGAGUCCUUCCGAAGUGUUUGAACACACGGUGCUGUACGUCACCGUGGAGCCGUGUAUCAUGUGCGCGGCUGCUCUCCGCCUGAUGAGAAUCCCGCUGGUUGUCUAUGGCUGCCAGAAUGAAAGAUUUGGUGGUUGUGGCUCUGUUCUGGAUAUUGCCUCUGCUGAUCUACCGAGUACUGGGAAACCAUUUCAGUGCACCCCUGGAUAUCGGGCUGAGGAGGCGGUGGAGAUGUUAAAGACCUUCUACAAACAAGAAAAUCCAAAUGGUCAGUUUUCCCCUGCUGUGUGCACAUACUUAAUCGUGAUCUUUGGGCUCCAUACCACGUAUCCAUGGCUACUACUGAGACCUCGUGAUGUGGUUGAGGAAGCAUGAACUUGGGAGUCUGGAGCAGGAGCCGGAAAACUCAGCCUGCUGUCUGUUUGGGUACCACUCACAAGUCAGAAACGGUUUUAAGUUUUUAAAUGGUUGAAAUAAAAUCAAAAGGAGAUUUUAGUGACCCAUCAACAUAUGAAAUUCAAAUGUCAGUGACCGUGAAUUCGGUUUUGUUGGGACAGAGUCACACCCAUUUGUUUCUGUAUUGUCUGGGGCUGCCUCUGUGCGAUAGUGGCAGAGCCGACGAGCUGUGAUGGAGACCUGUGGCUCCCACGUCUAAAAUAUUGUUUCUGGCCCUUUAAGAAAAUGUAUCCUACCCCCCCUGGUCUAGAGAAUAUAAAAUGUUGAGAUUGGAUUUCUAAGGUGCUUAUUCAAGUUCUGUGACUUUGGAACUGAAUCACAUGGUUCCUUGCACAGCUGUGGUGAAUUGCUUCAGUACUGUGAUUCAUUCUUUAAGUCGGUUUAUAAAUAUGAAAGAGAGAUCCAAGACACUAAAGUAUAAAAUAUUUAUCUGGGCUUAGAAUAUUUUGUUUCCUUACAUACACUUUAAGAGAGUGUCAAGGAGAAAAGAUACUUUAUCGUUUUAUUUGGGUUUAGAAUAAAAAAUACAUUUUAUUCAUCAUUGUCUUAUUAAAAAUGUUAGCAAAUAUUUGUCACGUUUAAGAACUGUGACUAUAAUUUCAGAAAUCUCUUGGACCCUUUUAAAAAGCAAGAUUUAAACAAAACCUAUCUCCAUACCAUUCCCAUCACUGCGCUUUCCCUAAUUUUCUUGGGGAACAAGCUUGAUAGCCCUUUGCUGCUAGAAUCUCAUAUAUAGUUUGAGGAAAAGACAAAGUACAAAUAUUUAUUAGGUAUUGUGUGUGCAUGUUUUGUUUUUACCUGGCUUUGAGUUCAGGACAAAGUCUUAUGCAUAAUAGAUGUGUGUAUGUGCUCAGUUGCUCAGUUGCUCAUUUGUCUCAGACACUUUGUGACCCCAUGGACUAAAGCCCACCAGGAUCCUCUGUCCAUGGGAUUCUCCCAGCAAGAAUACUGGAGUGGGUUGCCAUUUCCUCCUCUAGCGGAUCUUCCUGACCCAGGGAUUGACCCCGCGUCUCCUGUUUUGCAGGCAAAUCCUUUAACACUGCGCCCCCUGAGACUCCCAAUAGACAGAGACGAUGUCAAUUCUAAAUUGCACAGUGAAGAAGUAUUUGAGGCAGACUUCAUGGAGAA